CUACCAUCUAACUUCACGCAUGGACACACACAAGUCCACGCAGAAACAACAGAAAAAGAAUUCUCCGUCAGUGGUUAUAAACAACUGGAUGGAAUGCUCAUCCCACUGCCUUCCUAGAGCGUCAUCCUCUAAUUAGAAUUAACCCCAGCCCACCAUCAUGUGUUUCGGACCGUUUCGUCAGCUGUGCCACUGGGGGCCAUUCGUUGCUCUCUUCCUCAUUUUCUACAUUACAGGAACAGCUGUAAUGUGUGAUCUGUUCUACUGGACACCAAACAAGGAUAGCCUGUUAAGCAUUGUUCACUUUGUGGUUCUGUCAUCUUGGAUUUUUUUCAUUUUGUGGAAUUACUUUCAUGCAGUAUUCUAUGGUCCUGGGUUUGUCCCACUAGGCUGGAAACCAGAGAAUCCUGAAGAUGAGAAAAGUCUACAGUACUGUCAUGUAUGUAAAGGAUUCAAGGCACCCAGGUCACAUCACUGUAGAUAUUGUAACAGGUGUGUAAUGAAGAUGGACCAUCAUUGUCCCUGGAUCAACACCUGUUGUGGACAUCGUAACCACGCCCAUUUCACCUACUUCCUCUGGUUUGCACCUCUAGGAUGCUUCCAUGCUACCAUCAUUAUCUCAGUCACUAUUUACUCUGAAAUUUACAAGCAACUCUAUUCUACUCGCAAGUACAGAAGGCCCAAUAACAUCCCACUAGGAGUGGAGUUUGGUUUACCACAGCUCUUCAUGAGCUUUGUAGCUGUUGGUUUAGCCAUCGGAGUUACCCUCGCUGUCUUAUUCUUAUUUAUCACUCAGAUCCGGUCUAUCUUGAAAAAUGAAAGUGGCAUAGAAAAUUGGAUUGUUGCAAAGGCAAAGCAUAGACACAGCAAACUGGAGAGCAAGUUUGUGUAUCCGUACAACCUGGGUCGGAAACGGAACCUUCUAGAGGUCUUCACCUGGCAGGGACGGCCACAGGGAGAUGGGAUUUCAUGGCCGGUGGUUGAGGGAUGUACACAGUAUACACUAACGAUUGAGCAGAUUGCCCAGAAGCAACUGAAAAAAGAACGAAUGAUUGAGUAUAUCGUGAUUGAGGACUACGAAGGCUCCUGGUUCCCUAUAUCUAAAGGCUACUGUACUUGUCUAUGUUUUCCAUUAACCGAUGAACCACGCAUUGAAAUAGAUGAAGAAGACAUCAUCAUGGUCAGCAGAUGGAAAAAGUACUGGUUGUAUGGUGAGGUGCAGUUCAUCAAUGAUGGAGAUGAGUCAACACCUCGAAUUAGAGGAUGGUUUCCACGGCGAUGUGUUAAACAGAAUGCUGGUCAUAUAGGUAAAGAUGAUGAUGAUGAUACGAAGAAGAAAAGAUGAAAAACCCUUUUUCUUUUACUUUCACUGGAUUUGCAAUAAAAUUGUUAUUUGUCAAUCCACAAAAAAUGUCCUUAAUUUAUAUUUCAAAAAGAAAAUUUGAAGAAAUUAUGCUGUUCACAAAAAGUUAUCCAAGCCCUUUUAAGUUUGCGAAAAAAGUAGGAAAAAUAUGCUUGUGUAACUAUUUUCCUUUUUGUUUUUUUGUUUUAUGAAAUAUAAGAUGAAGCAAUCUAACUUAGAGAUGACAAUUAUUGCACCUGAAUAUUUAUGGCAUGUAACCAUGGUAACUUUUGGUCACUAACUAUACCAGCAUGCACCUAUUACAAAGCUAAGACCUGCACACAGAGUAUUUAUGAAACAAUUUACUGUAGUGACACCAUUAUAUUAUUCACAUUUAAAGAUCAAGCAAUUUUGAAGUAACCUUGUUGUCUUUUUCAGUGAACAAAUUUUAUGUACAAAUUUUUUAGUACUUUUUUUUCUUCGACUUGUAUGUGAGGCAUAAAAUGCUUCAAAAGAAAUACAUAUGUAUUUUGUGUAAAUGUUGUUCUUCCGUCUUUUCCAGCAUUGCACUAUAAGGUGUACAUAUUAGAUUUAUAUUAGAAAAUAAAACCAUCUUGCUAUAAAAUAUAAAAAGUUGGCAACUACAAAUUAUAACUAAAAGUGUCUAGUUGCAGAAUUUUUUCUAUUUUUGUACCUCCAAAUAUUCUGUUUUAGAUGCGAAGUGUAUGGGUUCCAGUUCUGUCGUACAUUUUUUGGCAGUGUGCUUUUAACCCAGAGAAAGGGCCAAAUUUCAUAGCAAUAGCACUGCUUCAAAAAUAAGAACAUUUUUCUUGAUUACUGUAUCGGACAAAUUUGCUAAGGUGUAAGCGUAUUUCACAGGUAAGCAAGAAUAUUUGGCGGACAGCUUGUGCGUUCUCAAUGGAUUUGCAGUGUAACGUCAUUCAUUUUAAUACAGUAAGCACUGCAAAUUUAGCACGCCUUUUUCUUUUUGCUUGUGGUUAGCAUCUCCAUGAAAUGGAAAUGGUACAGUAAGCACAAAAUCAGCCAUUAAGCAGCUCUAUGAAAUUUGGCCCAGAUAUUUUAGAGGUGACCAUUACCUUAUUGUACAGUAAUUAGGUUUGGGGUUUCAUGUACAGUGUAGAAUACCAUAGCGCUGGACCCUUUCUCUGGAGAAAAACUUAAAAUCAAGUAUAAUAAUCUGAUUAAAUCUAAAUUAUCACCCUAAUUAUGUACAGUUUUAAAUUUCUGAAACCUUGAAAAAUAAGCCUUUGUAGAACUAUGUUUCAUGUAGAUUACUACAUGCAUUGUAGUGUGUAGAGCCAGAGGUAUACCCUUAACUCUGUUGGUAUGAAAUGUAACACAGGCAUGCAACUGAUCAGCCAAUUUGGGUUUCAAUGAAAACUGAAAAAUACAGAACACUGUAUAAAGUCUUCCUGUUCCUUUGUAAAACCUAUUUUUGUUUGUUUGUUUUUCUGGACAAAAACUUGAGUUGCAUGCCUGGAAUACUAAUACGUGCUACCACCUAGAAGGGAAUUUUAAUAAUUAAUAAUGGGCAAAUGGCUGUAUUCUUCCCUUAUCAUAUCACUGGCUUGCAUUGUUGAUCUAUCUUUCCAAAACCAGUGGAUAGUAUAAACAGUUGAAUCAUGCCAACCAAAAGGUGCUUUGUAAUAAUUAACAAGUUGAGAGUAUGGAAUAAAGGUACAUACUACAUGCAUUGUACAGAACAUCAA